GAAGAAGAGUGGCAUUAGAAACAGCGCUUGCGUUGAGCUCCUCGUAGUCGAGGCCCUUAGCAGUUAGCUUGCGUCCUGUAUAGCUACAGUGUCGUUUUAGAGAUUCAACUUUUUCCAGAAAUAGAGAAGAAUAAAUUAGAGGAGUUUGCGAGAAGAUCAGAUUAUGACCAAAGACAAAUCAUAUUCUACAGGAAUAAAGUUUGGAUUUACUGUAACUAACUAGAAAGCAAAUAAAUUCGUACAGAGUGAGACACAGCAUGUGUGAACUGGCUGCUCAGGUCACCAGCAGUUUGCUGCACUUUCCAGAGGUGACUGUCGAUGCACUCGGAGAGGAUGAGAUCAGGCUCGAUUCUGUGCUUCAUGGGAAAUUCACUGCUGGGAAGAGCGGGCUAGCCUGGCUUGCCUGUGGGCCCCAUCUGGAGGUGGUCCAGGCGAACACAGGGGAGCGGUUCUCGGCUUAUUGCUUCAGUGGUGUGAGUGAGCAUGCACCUAAUGUGCUGGCCGUUCAUGAAUUCUGCUGGCUGAAGAGAUCAGGCUUGCUGGUGGGACUGGAGGAAUCUGCGGGCAGCGUACUAUGCUUGUACGAUCUGUCCAUCUCCCGCGUUGUCAAGGCUGUGGUCAUCCCUGGAAGGAUCACUGCCAUCGAGCCACUGGUGAGCUAUGGGGGAGCCAGUAGCAGCACCCAGCACCUGCAUCAGAGUCUGCGCUGGUUCUUCGGCGUGGUGGCAGUGGUCACUGAUGUGGGCCAUGUCCUUUUGGUGGAUCUUUGCCUGGAUGACCCAUCCUGCAGCCAAAGUGAACUUGAGGCCUCAGAUUUGGAGGUGGUAAACAAGUCACCUGCUGAGGUCCCCCACAUUCGGGAGAGGGUGACACAGCAGGGGCGGCAUCUGUGCCUCCAGCUGAGCACCCCCUCUGGCACGAGUGCCACUGCCCUACAGUAUGUCACCCGCACAAACCUGCUGGCAGUAGGCUUCUCCGAUGGGUACCUGCAACUCUGGAACAUGAAGACGCUGAAAAAAGAGUAUCAUUCCCAGCUGGAGGGGGGCAGGGUGCCUGUGUACGCCUUCACCUUUCAAGAACCAGAGAAUGACCCUCGCAACUGCUGCUAUCUGUGGGCCGUGCAGUCUACCCAGGACCAUGAGGGGGAUGUUGUCAGUCUCCAUCUACUUCAGUUGGCUUUCGGGGAGAGGAAGUGUCUAGCCUUGGGAAAGAUACUUUAUGAGGGUCUGGAGUACUGCGAGGAACGCUACAGCCAGGAUCUUAAUGACACAGCCUUCCCCUCCAGGGCUCAGGCCACCAACAUGUGCCUGCUGGGCUGCCAGACCAUUGAGAAAUUUCGGCACCACCCUGAUCGUGAUGACAGCAUGAAUGAAGGUGCUUCCCCUGACACCAGUGUGUCCAUGUUCAGCUGGCAAGUGAAGUCAUAUGGGCAGUGCAGGCCCACAACAUAUGUGGGGCUUUUUGACAUCAAUAGAUGGUACCAUGCACAAAUGCCAGACUCUCUGAGAACUGGGGAGACCCUGCAUAACUGUCCUUACCUGGCCGUGUGGUCCUUGGAUUCUGUAGUUGAGAUGACCUCUCCCUGCUCCCUGCUGGACAUUGUGGUGCACGAGCGUAGCCUGAGCAGGGGUUUGCCAUACACGUGCCCUCUACCUGAACAAUUCUUCAACCCCACUACCUACAACUUUGAUGCAACUUGCUUGCUGAAUUCUGGAAUCAUGCAUGUGACAUGUUCCGGCUAUCAGAAGGAGACAUUGAGCUUCUUGAAGAAGUCUGUAUCCAGCCUGAGCGAGACCAUCCCCGAUGGUUACGCUCGCUGCUUGAUGUCAGGCCUCCUGUCCCCAUGUCUGAUGGAUGGACAGCCUUCCAUACUUUCCCAGGAAGGGCAACUUGAUGCCGUCUUGUCCACUGCUGUGGAAACUAGCUCUCUGGGGCUCAUCACUGGCUGCAUCAGGCGCUGGACAUCUGAAGAGCAACCAGGGUCAGCAGUGAACCUGUGCUACAUUUUAGAAUGGGCCUGGAACAAGGUUGUGCUUGCCAAGGAAGAGCUUGAUGGCAUCUGUGCCCCCCUGUUUGACAGCUCCAUCAACUUCACAGACCCUCAGACCCUUCAGCUGCUGCAGCACAGCCAGCGCCUGUUGGGUAACCUCAGCACAGUCUUCCACUGCCUGUUGAAUGAAGCUCACGAGCUCACACAGAAAGGGUUGGUGGGUCUGAUCAACAAGAAUGUGGUGUCCAGCCUGAUCUCUCAGUAUGCCCAAGUUGUGCUGUGGUUCUGCCGGACUGGCCUUCUGCCCGAAGGGUCUGAUGAUGACGUCCUGCAGAUAUCAAGGCCUUUUUACAAUUACCCAGUGAUUAAAAACUACUACACUGGUCGACGUGAGGAAUUGCUACGACUCUCUAGGGGGAAGUGGUGUUCAGAUUGUCUCAUGAUUGAUGGCCUGGUGGGCCAGUAUGCAGACUGCCUCAGACACCUGUGGAAACGGGAUGGAGGAGGGACUGGGCAGUACCCACCCCCAACACUGCAUGCUUUGCUGGAUAUCUAUCUAUUGGAAAACAUGGAAGAGUCAGCCAAACAUGCUAUUGUUAUAUAUUUGUUGCUGGACGUCAUGUACUCUUUACCUAAUAAGAGUGGCACAUCGGUAGAGUCUUUCCCCACAGCGUUUGCCAUCCCCAUUGGCCUUGUGAAGCUGGUACAGGGCUUGUGGCUGCUGGAUCACCUCGACCAUGAGAACUCUGUGGAGCUCCUCCUACAUCCAGCCACCAGUCGCUCCCUAUGGGCAUGGCAGCAUGGGCGUGUCCUACAGGCACUGAUGUGCCAGGGGCAGCAUGCCAUUGCUUUGCGCUACUUGCACACCAUGAGCCCGCAUAUGUCCUCCACCUGUCAGGUCAUGCUGUGUCUUUCUGUCCUACUCCACAACAGGUGCAUUGUCGAGGCCUGGGCUCUGGUCAGGCAACACUCUAACAAGCUGAACAUCCAGGAACUGCUGAGGUUCCUUUAUGAGACUUGCCUGGAACUGGGCCUGAUGGAGGAGCUGUUCAAACUCCCCCUUGGGCUUGCUGAACAGGACUGUCUGGAUGGCUUUCUGCAAGGCAGUGGAGGGUCCCAAAAUCAUGAGCUGCUCAUGGUGCACUACCUUCAGCAGGCAAACUACGUUCCGGCACUGCAGCUCAACCAAGCCCUGAGGACGAGCCUGAAUGAUCCCAAGUAUAAAGAGAGGUCUAACACUAGGAACUCCAUUCUGGACCAGUAUGGCAAGGUUCUACCCAGAGUGCAGCGAAAACUCGCUACAGAGCGAGUGAAACCAUACCAUCACCCCUCUACCAUACACAAGGAAGUUUCUAGACCGCAGCCCUUGUCAACACUGCCCAAGCGGUCAGUGGCAGAAAAUGUGCUGACCAGGGCAAGCUUCCUCAGCAAUGUUCUCACCAAGAUUGGGGAGGUGUGGGAAGGCAAGGAUGGCAAGCAUCAGUCUUCUCUGCUGAAAAGAGCAUCAGGACUGCCUUUGACCAGUUCACACCAUCCCUCUACAGAUCUGGCUGAAGCCUUUGUAGGCACUCCUGUCAGAAUGACCUCAAAGAGGAUGACAAGGAUUCUCGGUCUGAUGGUGCAGACAUCUGCUGAGGCAAGCCCUGAGGGCCUUGGCCUUCAGAGGACUCCAGCCACCCAGGUCAUUACACAGAGACUGCCCAGUCCUGUUUCCGCCUCCUCUCUGAAGCCCGGUAUCCUCCUGGGUACUGCUAAGGCCCCCGAGCUCAGUCUGCUGCAGACUCCACCGGUGGUAAAGAGGGCACGGGCUCUGGCUGUCACAGGCCCUGUGUUCCCAGUCUUCACCCCACAGUCCAUCCUUCGGAGCAGCUUGCGCCCAACCCCAGUGGGCUCCCCCUCGGCAUCCCUUGGCCGCUCCGCCACCCCGCCACCCCGCCCCAAAGAGAGUCGCAUCACCUUCAUCGAGGAAAGCAAGAACAAGGACCCCUGGAGCAAUGGGAUUCCAGCAGAGAAUGAGGUCUGCCUGUUGUCAUCCACCUCUCCUCUCCCCAAACCUGGAGUAGAAGGCUUGAGAGGGCUGCCUCCAGAGGAGGAAGAUGAGGAAGAGCAGGACACUUUGACAUUUGUUCCGCAGGCCCUGUUGCUGAGACAAGAGGUGGGCGAAUCAGAAAGCUGCUGCUCUGUGCAUGAGGUGGUGGAAGAUGAGGAAGAAGAUGUGGUGGGAGUGGCUGAAAUAAGCAGUGCGUCCACCUGUUAUAUAGACUCCACAAUGGAGUUGCAUGAAGCCCCCACACCCGAGGACCCAGAGGACAAGCGACAGGAGAUGGAGGUGGAGGAAGUGGUGGCUAUAAACAUGAAGUCUGUGGUCCCAGAGGUCUUCCCCUUGCCCCCCACAUGCACAGGUAUAGAGAAGUUGGAUGAAGCACCUGGAGAGCAGGAAGAUGUAGAGCCUGUAUUGGGGCAGGAAGAAGUGAAGUUUAACCUGGUACAAGAAUUUGCAGAACCUAACCAGGAGCAAGAAGUAGCUGAGCCUAAUCUGGGACAGGAAGCUGGGGAGCCUGGCCUGGGGCAGCAAGCGGGGGAGUCUGGCCUGGGACAGCAAGCAGGGGAGUCUGACCUGGGGCCGCAAGCGGGGGAGUCUGACCUGGGGCAGCAAGCGGGGGAGUCUGACCUGGGGCAGCAAGCGGGGGAGUCUGACCUGGGGCAGCAAGCGGGGGAGUCUGACCUGGGGCAGCAAGCAGAGGAGUCUGGUCUGGGGCAGAAAGCGGGGGAGUCUGACUUGGGGCAGCAAGCGGGGGAGUCUGGUCUGGGGCAGCAAGCGGGGGAGUCUGGUCUGGGGCAGCAAGCGGGGGAGUCUGGUCUGGGGCAGCAAGCGGGGAAGUCUGACCUGGGGCAGCAAGCGGGGGAGUCUGACCUGGGGCAGCAAGCGGGGGAGUCUGACUUGGGGCAGCAAGCAGGGGAGUCUGAUCUGGGGCAGCAAGCAGAGCAGUCUGACCUGGGGCAGCAAGCGGAGGGGUCUGGCCUGGGGCAGCAAGCGGAGGGGUCUGGCCUGGGGCAGCAAGCGGGGGAGUCUGACUUGGGGAAGCAAGCAGGGGAGUCUGACUUGGGGCAGGAAGUGUCGCAGCCUGAUCAUGAACUGGGUGUGGUGGAGCAGAUUCCAGUGAAGGAAGUGACAGAGCCUAUGCUGGAGCUGGAGAAGGCAAGCUUGGAGCAGGAACAGGUGGAGUACAGCUUUGAGGAGGGAGAGGCUAAGCAAUGCACAGUGCACCUAGGAUUGGAUGAGUUUGUGGAGCGCCAUUUAUUUGGCAACGAUCUUUCUUCCCCACUGACCCGUUCCAGCAUAAGGCAAGCAUCGCAGGCCUGGGCAACCUCCUCCUAUAGUGAGUGUUCCUUUAAUGCCAGAAAAGAGGCACCUGCGGCAGUUGGCCCCACCUCCCCAGUGCUGACAACGCAGAAGUCUGUGACCUCUGUGUCCUCUGGUGCUACCACCACCACUGAUUCACAUUCUGUUGUGAGCCUAAAUGGCAGUGAGGAACUGUCCGGGGCCAACUCUGAGGAAGACUCUGACACCACAGCUGAGGAAGAAGACUCUGAAAGUGAUGUGGAAAUCAUUGAGCAGAUGGAGGGCAAUGAGUGCCAGCAACAACCUCAAGACGCCAGCUUAUUCCAACAAGAGCCCCCUCUUGGGUUGGGGUAUCUCCAGGAGCAAGCUACUGCCAUGCCCUCAGUGGUGACUCCUGUGCUGCUGGAGGCUAUGGAAGCAGUAGGGGAAGAGGAGGAGGUGGACAUAGUGGAUCUGAAAGCAGAAGACAGAGCGGAGCCAAUGUGUUUUAUAGAGUUGAGGCCCUCGGACACACUGCUGGUCCCCCUGGACCCAGAUGAAGACCAGCACCUCGAUCUGCCCAAGAUGGAGGAUGCCAGAGAGGCUGAAGAGCCAUACACCGAUGGCUCAAAUGGCUUCACCCUGACACUGGAGUCUCUGGAGAACAGGAUAACUGGGUCAGUGGAGGACUCUGACAGUCCCCUGCUGAUCAUGCAGCUCCCCCAGCCAGGGGGAACCCAGCUGCAGCAGCCAGUCCAUAGCCAGGAGAUCAUCUGCUUAGAUAAGGUCAAUUCAGAUUCUUGCGAAGCAGUGUCAUUGCUCCCUGCUCAGCCAUAUGGUCUCAUGACUCAAACAUCUAAAGAAUCAGCCAUCACAGAACAGGUGGACAGGGAGGUACUGAGCCAAAUUAUUUACGGUGCCCAGAUGGUAGAAGAGGGGUUGGUGUUGAUUGAGAGCAAAGAACCAGGUAUACCUACCAAAAAAUCAAAAGCAACUGAGGUUGAAGAUGCACCUGAAGAAGAAAGAAUUAAAGAAGAGGAGUCUGCUUGUUUGCUUGAAGAGGAAACUGCCUGUCUCAUUAGUGAAGUAGAGCCAAAUCCUUCUGCAGAGUCAGAGUCCAAUUCUGUGGUACAAGUGGCAGAACCUGGCUCUGCAGUGGAAGAGGUGGAGCCUGAACCUGUAGUGAAAAAGGUAGAUCCUGUCCCAGCUGUGGUAGAGGCAGAACUUGCCACUGUAUUUGAACAGACUGAGCCUACCGUUGUCGAAGAAGAGGUGCAGACUGGUGUUUUGCUUGAAGAGACUGAGUCUAGCGCUGUGCCUGAAGAGGCAGAGGCGGAGCCUGGAGUUGUGGUUGAAGAGGCAGUGACUGGAGCUGUGGUCGACAAGGUGGAGCUUGGGGCUGUGUUUGAAGAGGCAGUGACUGGUGUUUUACUUGAAGAGGCAGAGUCUAGCACUGUGCCUGAAGAGGUGGAGCCUGGAGCUGUGAUUGAAGUGACAAUGACUGGAGCUGUGGUAGAAGCGGUGGAGCCUGGAGCUGUGGUUGAAGAGGCAGUGACUGGUGUUUUGUUUGAAGAGGCAGAGUCUAGAGCUGUGCCUGAAGAGCCAGGGCCUGGACCUGUUGUUGAAGAGGCUGUGACUGGUGCUGUGGUUAAAGCAGUGGAGCCUGGAGCUGUAAUUGAAGAGUUGAAAUCUGCCCCUGUAGUGAAAGAGGCAGAGCCUGCACCUGAAGUUGCGGAGAUUGACCCUGUUCCUCUGUAUUCAGGGGCACAUUUAGGGGUGAAUGUAGCUCAGCAAAUACCAAUCAAAUCCAUGAAAGAGGCAGAGCUCUCUGACACAUCAGUGGAGGUGGGUUACAGUAUAGGAUCAAAAGUCAGAUCUACUGGUGCUGAAAUGCACAUGAUGACCAGGCAGAGAAAAACAAUCACAUUUCAUUCAACCAUAGAUGAAGCCAAAAGCAACAUGCAGUCAAUAGAGGAGCAGCUUCAGCAUGAGAUAGACUCCAAGUUGCCAUUACCACCAACAAGGUUCCCCAGGCGCACAAAGUAUGAGCAGGACUCUCAAAUCCACACACCCAGGAGGACUAGAAGGAUAGGUAUUGAGCCUGAGCCCCAGAAAGAGGAUAAAGCCAUAGUCAAGAACAUCUCCAUCGAAUCCAAAACUAAAUCCUCCAAGAAGCAGACUUUACGAAACAUCCUUCCAAGGCAGGGAACCCGCAGAACCCAAAAUUCCUCCCUGAACGCUGAAGACGUCCCAGACACAGAGGAAUCAAUUGAGACUGAGGUCCUGGUAUUGCCCUUGACCCGCUCAAGAUAUGCAAGAAAAACAAGAGUUAGUGUCAUGGAGGUUCCUGGAACUGAGACUCCAUUGCUCCUGGAGGCAAAAGCAGAGGCAUUCCACAGCCCUGGCAUGAUGACAAGGAAGUCAUCCCUCUUCCUUGGCCUGGAGACAACACAGGCGCAGAUUGUGGGAUUGGAACGGAAAGGUGCAACACCAAAAAGGAGCCUGAGAACUGGGAGCCGGAGCAGAGUGGUGGAACAGGGCAAAGGCUCUGCGGUCACAGCUGAAGAACAGCCACCACCCAACUUUCCCCGGCACAUAACUAGGAGUAGCCUGGGCAACCACCUGGCAGCCUCUAAGGGGGAGGAGAAAGAAGAUCACCUUGUACUAGGCACACCCCUGGAUGUGGAGUCGGGGACAGAGUUAGCCAGUGCCUUAAUGGAGAGGUUCAAUGACAAGGGGGCUAAGGGAUCAAAAGGCAGGAAAACGAGCAAUAGCGGGACCAUGAUCAUUCGUGCCACGAGGGGCACAGUGGCAUCCUCACCUCCCCCCGCAAAGACCGAGGCCCCACUUGUGACAGAGGAACUGUUGUUGGGCAGACAGGGUGGAGGCGUGGAGGCUGACAUUAAGAAUCAAACCCAGUCCAAGGCACAGAAAACAAGCAGACGCACACAGGUGAAAAAGGCUUCCGACAUGGACUCUUCCCUGCCAAGAGACUCCUUUCUGUGCUCUCCACCUCAAACUAGGAGGAAAACCAAAGGUAAGAGAGUUGACUCUCUCAUUCAGAAUGACAUCUUUCAAGUUGCAUUCUCUGCUCCCACCACUCGGACACGACAGGCAGCCACCUCCACCUUGUCCCAUGCUGUGGUAAACAAUGAGGAAGGUGGAAUGGGGGCUGAAGUUGUGCAGCAGAAGACUGAAACUGCCAAACCCCGAAAGAAAAGAACUACCAGGAGGAAUGUGGGGACCGGGAGCCCCCCACCUGUAAAAAUAAACCUGAUCUCACCCAUGGCCAGUCCAGAGCUGGCCCCUGGGGUAGAGAGGAAGGAGAAAGGGGAGGGCCCACUGCAGAGGAUGAACCUCCGCAGGAAACGCCUGCUGGAGACAGUCUUCCCAAAACCUGCCACACGGAGGAAGAUGUUGUAACUGCAACAGCAUACCCCAAAAAAUCUUUUACAUUUGUGGGAGGGACACUCUUAACAGUCUCCACGCUCCCAAAAUUUGUCAAAUGAAGCCUUUUUUCCCCAUGUUUGUUGCCAGCUCACAUCUAUUUAACAUCAACAAAUAGGUUUUGCAAUUAUGGAACAAAGCUAAAUUUGAGAGAAAUUAUUUUAUAUAAAUAACACGUUUAGAGAAAACGGAUCUGGAUGACGAGAAGGGGAAGAAGGGACUCCAGCAGAGAGUUGGGAAUUGUUUUUAUUUUCUAAGACUACUUACAUUUAUAUAAAAUGUACAUAGUCUUUCAGUAAUGGUAUGAAUAAAAUUGUAUACUUGUGAA